AUGGUGGCGACCAUUACGUUUAAACUACGAUCCAGUAAUCAUGUUGGAAUUAUAGAUGUUCCCCAGCGAGUGAUAUCGUGCCGGGAAAUCAAAGAGGCGAUUGCAGAGAAGUUGAGUGGAUCGCCGGAGGAAAUUGACAUUUUUGUAUCGGGGAGUUCAGACUAUCUCCAUCCAGAGGAGGAACUUCCCGCUUACACCGUUGUCGAAGUCGUGCGGCACAUCGCCUCUGGUAGACCACCACCCAAACGUGAACGAGAAACAACAACAACAACUACUACUACUACUACAGGAACUACAGGAGGAACAACAACAAGUGCUAGUAGUAGUAAUGCCGCAGGGCGUAUAUUGUCUAGACGAGGAAAGAAAGAGGAAGAAGAAGCCGCGCCGUUAACAGAGGAGGAACGUUUGGCCCAACUCAGUGAAGCCGUUGCGGUGGAAACAGGAAUUGAUGAGGUUGGUAGUUGGCGGAUGCGGCAAAUGCGUAAUCGCCCAAUGGGAGGACCGGGAGGAAAUCGUGAGGAUUCCUUUCGUCCCCCACCGCCUGGGUAUAUUUGCCACAACUGUGGAAAGAAGGGACAUCUUAUUCAACACUGUCCAGGGGCAAAAGGCCCAAGAGGAUUGAAGUUGUUAUCUCUCCCAACAGGGAUUCCAGAAACUAUGUUGGUGGAGUGUACAAUGGAUGAUCCAGCCGCAAAGUUUGUCACUCGUGAUGGUCGUUUAGUGAAGAGACGAUUGGAUAAUGCGAGUUUCACUGGUGUGGUGACCACAGUAACAGAUGUAGUGGAUGUGGUGAAGGAAAAUAAUGGGGAGGAUGAGAGAAAUGAAAAAAAAGAAGGAGAGGAAGAAACGGCGAAUACUACAACUAAUAAUAAUACUACCGCAACACAGACAAAGUUAUUAUGUGGUUGGGAUAAAGUAUUGGCAAAAAAUGCGAUGAAAACCCCUUGUUGUGGUACUCUCUUGUGUGGAAGUUGUUUUACUGAGAAAGUAGAAGAAAUGAUUAGUUGUGAUGAUCCGGAUGUAGACCCGUUACUGUGUCCUGGCUGCAGUAAACCACUAAGUGUACCAGAUGUUACAGAGGCAGUGGAGGAACGAAAACUUAUUGAAGCCCUUCUUGCAGGAAAGUAA